UCCCCUGUAGGAUGCACCCGUGCUAGACGGAGCCGCGGGUUCCCUGCUCUCCACGCUGAGCUCCUCGGAGGGAACCGCUGCACUUACCCCUCUCCGCCGGCAGGUGGCGCCGCCGGCCUUUGUCUGCGGGCGAGCCCGGCCGCGCGGCGCACGGAAGUGCUUCCCCUUGACCCCUUCCCGGCAUGCCGCGGGUUUCCGGUGACCCCUCGCUCUGCUCCCUCCAUCCCCCCAGCUGGCGCUGCGAGCGGAGCGGGGAUCAUGGCCGCCUCGAAGCCCGUGGAGGUCGCUGCAGCAGCGGGGGGAGGCGGCGGCGGCGGCGGUUCCGGCUCCGGCUCCGGCUCGGGGCUGCCGCGCUGGCAGGUGGCGCUGCUGCUGGGGGCGCCGCUGCUGCUCGGGGCCGGCGCCCUCUACCUGUGGGGUCGGCGGCGGCGCCCGGCGCGCGGGAAGGGUCCGAGCGAGAGGAAGACGCCGGAGGGAAGAGCCAGCCCGGGCCCCGCCGCCCCCGGGGGCAGCCAGCCCGACGGGCCCGGGCACGAAGAGAUGAGCCCUCUUGAUAGAGCCCAAGCAGCAAAGAACAAAGGCAACAAGUAUUUUAAAGCAGGAAAAUAUGAGCAAGCCAUUCAGUGCUACACAGAGGCUAUCAGUUUAUGCCCCCCUGAGAAAAACAUGGACCUUUCUACUUUCUACCAGAACAGAGCUGCUGCAUAUGAACAACUGCAAAAAUGGAAAGAAGUGUCACAAGAUUGCACAAAGGCAGUUGAGCUUAAUCCUAAAUAUGUGAAAGCUCUCUUCAGACGUGCAAAGGCGUAUGAGAAACUAGAUAAUAAGAAGGAAUGUUUAGAAGAUGUCACUGCGGUCUGUAUUUUAGAAGGUUUCCAAAACCAGCAAAGCAUGUUAUUAGCUGAUAAAGUUCUUAAACUCCUUGGAAAAGAAAAGGCCAAAGAGAAAUAUAAGAACCGUGAACCUUUGAUGCCCUCUCCACAGUUCAUCAAAUCUUACUUCAGCUCUUUCACAGAUGACAUCAUCUCCCAACCCCUGCAUAAGGGUGAGAAAUCUGAUGAAGAUAAGGACAAGGAGGGGGAGGCUUCAGACAUUAAAGAAAACUCUGGAUAUUUAAAGGCAAAGCAGUAUAUGGAAGAAGAAAACUAUGAUAAAAUCAUCAGCGAGAGCACAAAAGAAAUUGAUGUUAAAGGCAAAUAUAUGGCAGAAGCUUUGCUGCUGCGAGCCACUUUCUAUCUGCUUAUUGGCAAUGCAAAUGCUGCCAAACCUGAUCUAGAUCAGGUCAUUAGUAUGGAAGAUGCUAAUGUAAAGCUCCGUGCUAAUGCCCUGAUCAAACGAGGUAGUAUGUAUAUGCAGCAGCAACAGCCUAUGCUGUCCACUCAAGAUUUUAACAUGGCUGCUGAUAUUGAUCCUCAGAAUGCAGAUGUUUACCACCACAGAGGACAGCUGAAAAUCCUACUUGACCAAGUUGAAGAGGCUGUGGAAGACUUUGAUGAAUGUAUUCGAUUACGACCGGAUUCUGCCUUGGCACAAGCACAGAAAUGUUUUGCAUUGUAUCGCCAAGCCUAUACUGGAAAUAAUCCUUUAGAAGUUCAGGCAGCCAUGAAAGGCUUUGAGGAUGUCAUUAAAAUAUUUCCAAGGUGUGCUGAGGGUUAUGCGCUCUAUGCUCAGGCAUUAACAGAUCAGCAGCAAUUUGGUAAGGCUGAUGAAAUGUAUGAUAAAUGUAUUGACCUUGAGCCAGACAAUGCUACUACAUAUGUUCAUAAAGGUUUACUUCAACUUCAAUGGAAGCAGGAUCUAGACAAAGGCUUGGAGCUCAUAAGCAAGGCCAUCGAAAUUGAUAACAAAUGUGAUUUUGCAUAUGAAACUAUGGGAACGAUUGAAGUGCAAAGAGGCAAUCUGGAUAAAGCCAUUGAAAUGUUCAACAAAGCUAUUAACCUGGCCAAAUCUGAAAUGGAGAUGGCCCACCUCUACUCACUCUGUGAUGCUGCCUAUGCCCAGACAGAAGUUGCAAAGAAAUAUGGACUGAAACCGCCAACAUUGUAAAGAAACAAUGGGGGGGAAGGGAGAGAAUGACCUUUUAAAUGUAAAGUUGCCCACUUCAAGCUAGCCUUGAAGACACUGUUGCAAACUAUGUUGAAUGGUGGAACUUAGUUUUUUCCCGUUCGUGGUGUUGUCAUUUGUUACAUCUGUUAAUGUUUAGGUGUUGUGGGAGUGGCUGUUCAAGGAAGUAUGCUGUGCUGCAACUUGUUCCCUAUGCAGUGGAAACCUUACCAGCUGUUACGGGAAAUAAAACAAAGUUGCAAGGGAAUAAAGGAUAUUUUGGCCAUGCAAAUAAAAACUUUAAUUUUUGGGUGAUGAUGUUGUGGGCGAUUUUUGUUUUAUCAAAAUAGAAUUUUACAGCAUGUUUUCCUGUUGAUUUUAUAGUUAAUAAGAGUGCUGUAAAAUUAGGUUUCUAUGCGAUUAAUUUCUAUGGGUUGACUUUAGUUUACAACAAAACUUAAUUUACAAAACUAUUUAAUUGUAGGGAUUUUUAAAAAAGCCAAUAGAUGUGAAGACAAACCCUGUAAAUACAUCCAAGCAUGCACAAUCUUCCCUUACAACCUCUUCCACCCUCUGCAUAACUACUUAAAAUGGUCCUGUGGCAGCUAUUAAGAGGUUACUUUGGUAGUUCUUUCCUUCUCCCUAAAAAGCACUUGUGUACUAUAUUUGAGAGCUAUUUAAAAAAGCUUUCCACGUAAAGCAUAGAUUAUGCUGAAAAGGAAAACGCCCUUUCCUUCUACAGUUGUCCUCACUCUGAUGCGAGUGGAAAUUGUUUAAAAGUUUCCCAGUGCUUCUGAGAAUUUUUCAAGAAACCGAACUUACUGCUGAGAUUGGAACUGCCAGGUCGUGUCUGAGUUCAAACUUGGGACCGUUCAGACUUUUGGCCUAGAUGUAACAGAUAAUAUGGUGUUUAAAUUUCAACUCAAGAAAUGCAUGCAUCCUUGUUCUAGCCAAGUGUUUGUAAGUACCUAUUAGAGGAUUGGAUGAGAAAAUGAACAAAGCUUAGUCUGAACUGCCCAAUAAUGGAUUUGGAUUUAAUUUUCUUGUUACUUAGAAAACCAUAUUUGCUAAAACUAUGAAUAUUCUAUACAAAUAACACAAUUAUUCAGUGAAUGGCACGUUCGUUCUGAUUGACUUUUUCUUAAAACACUAGUAUAAACGAAGUCUUCCUCUGGUUAGGAAUCGUAAAGGGGACUGCUGAUGCUGCUCAUUACUCUUUGGAACCAAAGUCAGUCCAUGAUUGCCUCCCACUACCUUCAUGGGAUGUAGGGCGCUCUUAGUAUCUUGCAGCUCAUCAAAUUUCAUACCCUUAAUUUUGGGUCUUCUCUACCCCCAAAAUCUAUGCAAAUCUGUGCUGACUUUCUAAUCUGUUAUGUCAUUUAAAGGAAUGAGCUGAGCAAGUGCAAAACUAUCAGGCACUACUGGCUAGCUCUGGCAUCUAAUAGGCAAGCUGUACUUUUUUACCUUAGCCUCCCUGUCUUUCCCCUUCCCUCCCAGCAGUUGCUCUGAAUAAUGGGAUGGAGGAGGGCCUGGAGACAGUUAAUUUACACAUGAUUCAGGAAGUCAUUUGCUCCUGAACCAGUGGUAUGGGUGUGGAAGGAAAGAUGGUUGAAGACGCAAGCAGUCUCAAAGGACGCUGUGGUAAAGAAGAGCACUGGGCUGCUUAUGAAACUUUCAGUCCGUGUUUGUGUAAAUAGAAAACAAAAACAUGCCAAAUUCUCAGAAACUACUCAUAAGCUUGGCCGUAUCCUGUUCUCCAGCAGGGUUUCUAUUUGCAUGGCCUUAUCUACACCAGACAGAUAUUUUUCCUCCUCCUCUUCCUCCAAAAGAUUAAAGAGAAAAAAGCAUGUGGUGCCUACUACCAGCAUUGCACCUCACGGACAGUUGCCUGUUCCUCAAAUAGUGGAAGCUGCACUGAAAGCUGCACUUGCCUGUAAUUUGUUUUUGUAAAUGACUUAUCACCUGUAAAGUCACCGAAUAAAUAUUACAUUCAGAUCUCUCUCUCACAUAAGGCCAGGUUUUUGUGGAAAAUUACUUACCUGCUAAGUGGAAGUUAUACAAAUCUAGAAUUGUGUUUUGUGUAAACAAGGUUCCUGUGAAACUAGGAGGAACUGAUUCUAACUAAUGAAUAUUCAAAACUUCCUUUUGUCUUCUGCCCAUUUCUCCUUCAAAAAUGAGUGGGAUGAAUAAACAAUCCAACCUGUGACUCCUGUCAUACGCUCGGGCACACUGUUAAGAACUUUACAUGAGGAAAGGCCAUCUAAUCUCUAGUGAGGAAAUUUAGCAUGCUGUAGGGAUGAUCUUUAAGGAUUGCCUUAAAGCCAGGAAUGUAAACCAGCUUUUAAAAAUACCUAUGUUUUUCAUAGUUAAUUUAAAAACAUAAUUAGGGAAAAAGAACAGGAGGACUUGUGGCACCUUAGAGACUAACACAUUUAUUUGAGCAUAAGCUUUCGUGAGCUACAGCUCACCUCAUGGGAUGCAACAUGUAUGUAGCUCACGAAAGCUUAUGCUCAAAUAAAUGUGUUAGUCUCUAAGAUGCUAAAAGUCCUCCUUUUCUUUCUGUGAAUACAGACUAACACGGCUGCUACUCUGAAACCUAUAAUUAGGGAAAGUGAGCCACAGAUACUGCAGACCUUAAUGCAGGCUUGGUGCACCUUGUACUGUGAGAAGCAGCUUCCCCAUGUGUUUCUGCCACGUAGCUUAAUCCUGAUCUUGUAAAAUCUCUGCUAUUCUAGUUCUUGUGCAAAGAGUCUUAGAGAAGCAUGCCAAAUAAAUAGUUCACAGGGUGCAUAAAUGGAGAUUAGGAAGCUAUCAUGCUUCAUUUGUGACUUAAAUCAGCAGGAUUUGAACCCCGGUACCAAAGGUGAACUACCAAGGCAAGCUUCCAAAACUAAAUUGUUACUAUUCAACAAUUGGUCUACAUAUUCUAUUGGACUGGUGAGUGAGAGCAGCUGAAUUGGUAGGGAUAGCUCUGCCCAGACCUCCCAACAGUGGUCAUACCAGCUUUCCUGCCUUCUGUCUAAAUGCAAGAUAUUGCCCUGUUUUCUGUCAUUCCUAAAACUACUUUUUCCUGGCAGCUGAACUUUGGGGAAUAUGCUGAUACUGGUGCAGUGCUGGUGGUUUUCUAUAUUUAUAGAAUUCUGAUGCAUAUGUAUAUACUACAGGUUCUUAAUAAAGUAUGUCUUUCCUCAGCACAGGAAGUAUUAGUGACUGCUUUAACUCUUAAAUAGCGUAAGACUGGUAUGGGAAGGCAUUUUUUUGUUGAUUGUGUGAAAAACCAAAAAUAUCCAACCCCCUCCACACAUCACACUGAUAUCCUUUUGAAGUCCACAGCAAGAGCUGAUGUAAGAAGGUUGCCACCUGCUCAUAACAGUGCUAUAUUUGAGCCUCAGCUAUGAUCACUUUGUGACCUCUGUCAAACUGAGAACUGUUAUUCCAAUUUGGAUCUCUAGGAAAAUUGUCCCUGCCUCUCUGUGAAUUUUCUCUUUAGCCUACCACCAGAUGUAGAUUGCACUUUACAUUUGCAAAACUAAGAAUUAGGCGAUGUAGAAUCCUGCUUCUUUUAAUCCUCUAAAGGUGAAAAAUAAACUUUAGUUUGCAUUGUGCUGCAUGGGAAGCAAA